AUGAAUUGCUCUUAUGAAAAAGAGCAAGAACGUCUUAGGCGUCUUUGGGAAGAGAUUGAGUCAUCUGAUGAAGUAGCGGAUGAUGAUGAAGAUGAAGGAAAUUUGAUUGAGGAUAUUGUUGAAAAAAGGGAAGAUUCUAACAGUGAACAAGAAGCGGAAAGUGAUCGGGAGUUGAAAAAUGAUGAGGAAGCGGAAAGAGACGUGGAAUCACAGCCUUAUUUUACUGGCAAAGAUGGAAUUACGCAGUAG